UUGUAGUCAUGGGAACGCAAUAACAAAACAGUUCAUUUGGUUGGUAAAUUAGCAUACUUCAAAGGCUUGCUAAAUAAAAUUGCCCCUUAUCGUGAGGCGACCCACUCCUAAUUCAGACGUAGGCUAGGUUAAGAUGAUGACCUUUCGAGUCAUUGUAUUUUGAUACAGCUAACCAUCUUACAUCUUUUGCGGUUUUUCACUUGCCUUCCUGAUUCACCAGAACAACCAUGUAACGUUUUCAUAGCCUCGGAGUUUGAUGUCAUCAUCGGCGCGGCUGUCUGGGAGCAGCUCGCAUCGUCGCUAUCGCUAUCGUGCUCUGAAGUCCCAAGUUGACGAGACGCUCUUCGGUACUCCCAAACCCAAGAACUCCUUCAAGGACAGUGCAGAUGCCAGAGCUCAGAGUGCUCCAUCGGAAAAGGCACCCAAACCAGAGACCGUACGCAUCAUCACAAAGGACCUGAUCCGUGAUCUGAAAAUACCAAGUAAAGACCCUUCUGGCCUGUCAAUCAUCCUCUGUCCAUCUGAGAUGGAGCGAAUCACAGCCAAGUCACGAGUAGCCUCCAAGGAAGACAAAGAGGCUAUCUUGGAAUCCCAGCGCAGGGAGAAAGAGGCAGUGGUGGACGCUGCCGAGGAGAGGAGGGCACGCAUGCGGCAAGCUGACCUCUCGCGCCAGAGGAACCAGACACUCAGUGACUUGGAGCUGGAGGCACGGGACCGUGCCCAGUACCUACUGGAGAGGGCCAACGCCAUGCGCAUGGAGCAGGAAGACGAGGUCAAGAAGCUCAACGAGCUGAUCCUAGGAGCACAGUGUCACGCAGUGCGCGAUCGCCAGAUCCAGGAGAAGCAGCAGAUUUUGUCGGAGUUGCAGGAGGAGGAGCGGCGGCUGGAUGCCAUGAUGGAGGUGGACCGCUGCCGGGCACUGGAAACCCAGGACAAGAUCGAUCAGCUGCGCAAACAGCAGAGGAUCCAGGGUAAGAUGUGUAUUCUGAAGCAAAUCGAAGAGCGCAUGGAGGACCGCCUGUUGCAGGAUGAGUUGCGUGAGCAGGAGGGCCAGCAGAUGCUGGAGAGCCUGGAGAGGAUGCAGAUGGAGGAGCUGGAGGCCCUGGAGAGGAAGCGAGACGAUCAGAUGCGGCUUCAGCUGGAGAUCAUACGCAUCAAUGAGGAGAGCCUGUUGGCGAAGGAGCACAAGCAGGAAGAGGAGAGGCUGGCCGACCUGAGGGCCAUGGAGUACACCCGACAGAAGAUGCAACGGGAGGCGGAGUACGAGGCAGAGCAGCGGCGCAUCAAGAGGGAGAAGGAGAAGGAGGUAGCCCAUCUCCGGGCCCUGCAGGAGAGAGACCGGGACUACAAAGCAGAACAGGAUGAGAUCCGGGCCCGGCGCAACCAGGAAGCAGCAGAACGGGAGUGGCGUAAGAAGGAGAAGGAGCAAAUCCAGAAGAAGAUGGAGGAGGAGGAGAGGCUGCGCAUAGCUCGCCUUGAGCAGGUCACACACAAGGAGCACCUGCUCUCCAUCGAAGCUGGCCGGGAGAGAGUUGAGUUUGAGAGGGUGCUGAGGGUUCAACUGGAGGCGAUUGAGCGGGAGAAGGGGCGUGAGGAGAAGCACAGACAGCGAGUUCUGCGGCAUGCGGACGGCGUGCGGCAGCAGGUACGGGAGCGCGAGAUGGCCGCCGUGGCACAGCGCCGCGAGCUCUUCUGUGAGGGCCACCGUCUGGACGAGGAAGCCCGCCAACGCCGCCAGCGCCUUGACGUGAUUAAAGAGAAGAAACUUCAGGAGCUCAGGGCUGCUGGCCUGCCAGAAAAAUACUGUAACGAGGUGGAGCGCAAGCUACAUGCCAUUCCCACUCUUGCACAGUGACGCUAGCCAAAGAGGGAAAUGAGGUGUUUUUUGUUGUUGCUCAGAUCAGUAAAAUUAAAAUUUCAGAAAGAUAUACUUUAAA